AUGUGCCAUGGCUCGAGUCGAUUUACACAAAAGGUCGGAGCGAGCGGCCACAGCGACAGCGACUGCGACCAGAGCGACGCUGGCGAGGGCCACGAGGCCAAUCGAGAGCGCCGGGUGGGCACCGCGCCAAGGAUGCCAAGUCUUGGCAUUUCUUGGCAUCGUAUGCGCCGCUGCGUUCCGGUGGGCUGGACUGCUAAGGGAUACCUGUGGGGGACUUUGACCGUGGAGCCUCUGCCCCCAGAAAGCCUCGACCAGAGGCGCGAGUCUUUUCCCCCGGAACUUGCGUCCAUCAUAAUCCCAUCUUUUCAUAUCCCGGCAACCCGUAUCCCCCAGAAUCCUCUUUCCAAAUUUCGAGAUAAAAGCGCCCUGCAACCGCCCGCCCGUCGUUGCGAAUCUGCAUCUGCAUCUGCAAACUCCCUCCUUCUGAAGCUUUCGCUGCUGCUGCGCCAAAGCGCCUCUUGGCCCCUCCCCGAAGACCGCGGCUCUCUGGUUGACUUUUCUGCUGCCCCACCACCAAGCAAGCCCCCGAUAAUGUCGGCCCAAGUCCCCGACCAGGCGUCGGCUCUGUCGCCCAGCCAUGAGCACAAGUCCGCCUCACCAACUGAUGCCUCGUCCACCACGAGCCCCAAUGGCAGCACCAGCACCGGCAACAAUGCCAGCAGUGCCUCGUCCAACGCGCAGGUGUCGCCGUCGCUUGGUGACGCCGUGGAUGCGCCCCGCCAGCUCGUCUGCCGCUGGAACCAGUGCGGCCUCAAGUUUACCAACGCCGAGACGCUCUAUGAACACAUUUGUGAGCGUCAUGUUGGUCGCAAGAGCACAAACAACCUGAGCCUCACCUGCCAGUGGAACUCUUGUCGCACCACCACCGUCAAGCGUGACCACAUCACUUCUCACAUCCGUGUUCACGUCCCCCUCAAGCCUCACAAAUGCGAGUUCUGUGGCAAGUCUUUUAAGAGACCUCAGGACUUGAAGAAACACGUCAAGACCCAUGCCGAUGACUCGGUUCUCUCCCGACCUAGCCAGGAUAACCAGCCCGGCAUGAACUACAGACCACAAGCUCCCAAACCCCCUAGCUAUUAUGACCAUAACGGACAGAUGCGAAGCCCAGUCACCGGCUUCCCUCAACCACAUGCCGGCGGCUAUUAUGCUCCUCAGCCGUCGACAAACUAUGGUCUCUACUUCAACCAGCAGCAUGUCAACACGGCACCCCGCUCUGAGCACAUUGGCUACGCUGCAAGCUAUGACCGCAAGCGCACUCAUACUCAUGAGAUGGUUGACGAUUUCUUUGGCAACGUCAAGCGUCGCCAGGUCGACCCGACUUCCUAUGCUCAGAUCGGACGCUCCCUGCUCCCUCUUCACAACGCACUGUCUAUCCCCAGCGGACCCAUGGCUGCCGCCGAAUCUUACUUUCCCCAGCCGGCUGGUCAUGCUGUAGGCCACAGCGUGGUCCACGCUGCGCCCGCGCCCGCGCCUACUCAGAAUCCCUUGGCCCAGCAGUACUAUCUUCCCAUGCCCAAUGCGAGGUCGCAGAAAGACCUAAUUCAGCUCGACCAGAUGCUAGGGCAGAUGCAAAAUACUGUGUACGAGACCGCUCCUCAAAUGACCACAGGAAUGCACCCCCAUGAAGGCCAAUUCGCCGGAUAUCGCAGCACACCGUCGCCAACUACGCUUCACCGCGGCCCAGAUGCCAUGCACAUUGGUGCGGAUGGCUACCACCAGCCAGUCUCAGCAGCAAGCAUGGCAUCACCUCUGACGGCCAUCUCGUCUACCGGCACCCCUGCUGUGACACCACCGUCCAGCGCCAUGUCAUAUACUUCUGGUCAUUCCCCAAGCCCCUCAGCCUCCUCGGGAUUUUCACCACAGUCCCGCCACAGCUCGACUGCCUCGUCCAUCAUGUAUCCUAGCCUGCCCACUAGCCUGCCGGCCGUCAGCCAGGGAUUCGGACAUUCCACCACGGCAACGCUGGGCCCUAGCUUUGACGCGGGUGAGCGCCGCCGAUAUUCGGGUGGCAUGCUCCAGAGAGCUCGCGGCGCACCGCCACGGUCUGUCGAGGAGCCCACUGGCGCAGUCACUCCCAAGGCAAGCGAAUCUACCCAAUCGAUUGGAUCUCCGUCAUCGGAAUCUUCAGACGUCAGUGACGGCACCCGCGAGCGAGAGGAGCAGUACGAGCGAUGGGUAGAUAACAUGCGGGUGAUUGAGGCCCUUCGCGAGUACGUCCAAGGGCGUCUCAAGCGGGGUGAUUACGAGGAAGAGUAUCCUAGCGUCAGCAAAAUCCGCAAGGAUGUUGAUGCCAUGGACCUGGAAGGCAAGUCUAGGAGCCCGCUUGCCAAUGAGCGCCCCAUGUCCAAGGAGAGCAACCCUCUGUACCCCGUCCUUCCUGUUCCUGGUACCUAA